GCUCCUUUGUCACCGAAACUUCAGUCUCGAUUGAUCAAAGAGCUACUCUCAGGUGACACAAAGAUCCCAGGUGACCGACAGUCAUGAGGUUCCUUUACCUGCUUCUUGCUGUUCUCUUCUUCCUCUUCCAGGCUUCCUCAGGCUUUGUGGACGUCGCCCCAGCUGACACCGUGGCAUGCAGAAGUCAAGGGAAUUUCUGCCGCCUCAGGAACUGCCCUCCAACAUUUGAAGCUACAGGCACUUGCCACGAUGGAGCCUUGGUCUGCUGUUCAAAGUAA